AUGCAUGUGAUCAAAUGGUGGGCGCUGGCAUUAUCUCUGCUCUUUGCUUGUUCUGUCACUGUGGUACUAGUGACCGUUAACCGGUUCAUGGACAACCCCACGUUCCUGGUGCAGCAGGAGACGAUAUACUCCACCAUGUCCUUUCCGUCAGUACUGGUAUGCCCGGAGAUCACCUUCCAUGAUGACAAAAUCGACCAGUUCGUUAAAGGACUCUACGUUAAAGAUGUGAUAAGACAACUAGCAGCAUUUUUUUCACCAGACGUGGUAUACCAGCGAGAGGAUCUAGAAAAUAUUGAGCACUUUCUGCGUCACAACGGACUUGAAGUGGACGCUGCUGGAAGGAAGCUGAUGACGACGUGUGAAGAGACAUUGAUCAGAUGUCGAUGGAAUGGUAAGAUGGUGGACUGCUCAAUGCUAUUCCAAAUGGAGCUUACUGGAGAUGGUUACUGCUGUGUUUUCAAUGGAAGGUCCCUGAGUCGAGAAAUCGUGGAGUACGGAAUCCAUGGCAAACACUCACAAGACGAAUGGCUCACGAGUAAUUACGGACACGCUUCUGGUCUAAUGCUGGUCGUCAACCAAACCCAAAAACUCGACAAUGUUGAUCUUUCUUACAAAUGGAUAGCUCUUCAAAGUAGUCAGCAUUACGUGGAGACGACGGUAAACGGAACUCCCUUGAACCCUGGCUCUGAGCAAUGGGCCAGGUACACCUUCCAAGGCUUCCAGAUCGCAUACGGCGCCCGGAGUUUGAGCGACCGACUUCGCCGCUGUCGGAUGGCUGAUCAGCCACUGAAAUUGUUCCCUACGUACCACAGAGACUACUGUCUCGUAGAGUGCGAACUGGAGCGCACCCUGAAGCGAUGCAACUGCGCGCGCGCCGUCCAUCCCAAACCACCAGGAAUCCGCUACUGCAAAACCCGCAACCUGCUGUGCGCUAAACAUGCUAUGAUAUCAUCAGACACGAAGGAGUGCAACUGCCCUCAAGCAUGCGACGUGGCCAGCGACGUCGUGCAGACCACCAGCUUCGGACUGAUGCCAAGCGUGCAGCCCUUUGAUACAUUCUAG